AACUGAUGAUUCCACGACGAUGAUUCGAGAGGACCAAUUGGGUGGGACGCGUCCGAAACUCGUUGGAUUUUCGACGCCGUGUGCUCCGGAGGCUGACGGUCACAACUUUUCAAGGACUCGAAGAACUCGCACGAAAAAUAACUCUGACGAAAAUCAUCUACCUACGUCACUGUGUUCAGCCUCGAUGCAUCAGUCCGGCUUGCAUCUGUUUCGACUGAAUGGGAAACCUCCCGAAUUUGUUCACGGGUCAUUAAAUCGGGGUUUAAGCCGAAAUAGGCGUACAGGUGGGUGGAGUCUCGUGAAUGAUCGCCACACCUACUAAUCAUCGUUCGUUUUCGUUCUUUUACCUGAGCGAAAGGUAGGUGUAAGGAAGCUCGAAGUAUACCUUUAAAGCUACCUGUAAUUGGCUAACUAUUUCUCCAUCUUACUCCAUUUUCUUGAGUCAAUAAUUUAUAGCUAUAUCUGUAAACAACGUUCUUGUUUUAACUUUCUUUAUGACUGCAAAUUAUUG